AUGGCACUUAAUCGAGUUGCCCCCGAGAUUCUUCUCGAAAUCUCUAACCACGUCGAUCAUGAAGAUCUGCGAAAACUUUGCGCCGUAUCUCAUCGUCUAAUGUCAACAUUUGAGCAUCAAACCUACUCGACCAUUGAAUUAAACGAAACUUCAAAAUCUGGAAGUGCCUUGUUGGCCCUCGCAUCUGGACCUCGAAGGGAUAUUGUUCGCGAAAUUCGAUACAAACCUCACCAUCCUUGGCCAGCUCGUGACAGGAGGCACAAGCCUGAGAUCAAGCUCAGUGAUGAGACUCGAACAGCACUACAAUCUCUCAGCUCUUUCCCGUCCUUGGACAAGUUUCAGUUCGACCUGAGUCACUGGGAGUUAUCAGAAUGGGCUCUAUCACCACAGUGUCUGAAUCGAUGGGAAUUUCAUCUAUGGCACGGAAAACAUGAUACAGAACCUUGGAGAGUUCUUAUUGAAGAGAGUCUACUGGCGUUAAGCAAAAGCGCUGGUUCCUUUUCUCGACUCGAGAUCGAUAGUCUUCCGCCAACUGGACGAGAAACAUAUCGUGCAUGUGGGUCAGAAACGUGGAAAGAUCUUCUUAGACACUUGACGUCGUUUGAGAUGACGCUUGCUGGUGUCGGACACAUGGGACAUGGGGGGAGCUACAUGUAUGGAAAGAUGACUUCAGCACACCAGGCGUUCAUAACUCUUUUCCCCGAGAUGUUUCUGGAGAAUUUACAUAAUGUUCAGGUCUUACGAUUCACUGGGAAGGCGAACGCAGUCAUGGGCAAUGAGCAACUCGUGGAACCCAUAAACUGGGCAUCUCCAUUUAUCAAUCUACCAUGUCUAACAACAUUAGAGCUGGAUUACUCUCAGAUCUCGAGCCAGCUCGUUGCCUUUCUUUCCAAACAUGCAGGGACAAUUGAGAAAAUCAGUCUGCGGAACUGUAUAGCCCCAGCCAAGCAAAUAUGGAUCAACAUCAUCAACCUCUUCCUUGAACGACAGCCUAAGCAACUACUUGAAUUUACGACCACAGUGCUUCCAGUGCAUAAACGCAUCGGAGACCCUUUUGCUGAUCACUCAGACGGGUCGGAUGUUAAAAUGAGGAGGUUCGUGGUUGGACUGGCGAAGCACGAUAUCGCACCUGUGGAGGAGUGGGACGCCGUGGGUGAUAAUGAUCCUGAACUUGACGAGUCUGAUGUUUGCAAGUUGUGGGGUCAACUUGAGGAGAUGUUGGAGCGUAAUAGGUGCCAUGCACGAGGCUUGUUGCAGGAAGCUAGCCGUUGCAAUCAACCAUAA